AUGAGGAGGAAGAAGAGGACGGAGAGGACCGGGAAACGGGCUCGGGCCGGGUGGUGGCCGAGGAACAUUUACUCCGAUAUGCGCCGGACCCGGUGGUGGUGA